AUGGAGAUAAGUACAGCUUUAUCUCUAUAUAAUUCUUUUUGCUAUAUUUUUUAUAUCUUACAUAGAAGAGUCGUAGAGAAAUAUUUCUAUAUAAAAAUUAUGAAAAAGUAUGGUCUUAAAUUGUCUAACAUGGAAUUAGUUUUCCUAUUAUAACAGUAUAGUAUGAUAAAUCAAACGAUUUGCUUAAAGUUGGUAUAAUUAAUAAUCAGGCUAGUAAGGUAUUAAAAAUACACAAUGAAAAUGAUUUUAAAUUAUUUACUAGAUAGACUGUAAUUGUUGAUAACUUCGAUGACACUUAAUAACAAAGUCAUUUUAAGGAAUAUAAAGAUUAGAUAUAGCAAUAAAGCUUAUUAACUUUUAAUGAAAGAAAAAAACAUAAUCUAGAAAAUUCAAUUAUAAAUAUUUUUAAGCAAUAUUCUCUUCAUUUAAAGGCAAAUUAAAUUGAAAAAAGGUAAAAUAAAAAUACUUCUCAAUAAUAAACAAGUAAAGAAUUUGAUUUACAGUAAGAAUAUUGCCAUAAAAAAGAAAUAACUCUAAAUGGAAUUUAUAAAAAAAACGAUGAAGAAAAGGAAAAGUUUCUUUCGAUAAAAAUUACUGUUUACUAAAAUUAAACUAAUUAUGAUUGUUGCCUUAUCGUUAAUGAAGAAUCAGAUAACUAAAAAAUUAAGAGUAUAAAAUCUAUCAAAAAGUAUUUUGAGAAAAAUUUUUUUUCGUUUUGCUUAAGCUUUGGUAUUUAUUUAUUUCUUUAUUUUUGUUAAUUCAAAAAAAAUAUUUUUUACAAUAGUUCAUAAUAUUUUAAUUCAGCAAUAUUAAACUUGA